UAUUGAAUGAAUGGUCCCGCACGCGCACGUUGUGGGUUCUAAAAUUAAACAGUCAGCUCUGUGUCUUCCACGGUAUGUGACCAGUUCUCGCGCCGCGAACAAAUGGUUUAAAUAUCGAAUUUUAGUUAAAAUUUAAAACUAUUUUAAAAUAAAAACAACAGACUUUUUUGUGAAAAUGGAAAAACUAAAAAUAUUGUUAUUUGGCGUACUUCUAAGUUCGUGUUUGUGUGAUGGACUCAAAAUAUUAACGGUGUUCCCAGUCCCAAGUCCCAGUCACGGUAUACUUGGUGACAAUAUGGUUAAACAUCUUCUCAAUGGAGGCCAUGAAGUAACAUACAUUACGCCUUUCAAAAAUAAGAAUCCCCAUCCAAAAUUACACACAAUAGAUGUAUCUGCGAACAUGAAACUUUUUGACCCAAACAUGUUGGAUGUGAAGAAAAUAAUGGAUGGAGACAAGUAUAUGCAAGACAAUGCACUGUUGUUCGUACUGAUGAACUCCAUUGCAAGUUCCACGUUGGGCAACCCAAACGUACAGAAAAUGUUGAAGGAUCCCAAUACCAAGUUUGAUGUGAUCAUCGGCGAAUUUAUGUUCUCUGAUUUAUAUUCUGCGUUGCCAGCAGUGCUCCAAUGUCCCUUCAUCUGGUUCUCAACCAUUGAAGCUCACUCUAUGAUCUUGAACCAAGUUCACGGUCCUCUGAAUCCGGCUUACACUGCCGACUAUCUGGUGGCGAGGGUUCCUCCGUUUUCUUUCUAUGGAAGAGUACAUGAGCUAUGGACUUUACUAGUAGGACUAUAUCACCAUAACUUUGAUUAUCACGCGAAAGAAGUGUCUGAUUACGAGACUUUGAUAGCCCCGAUAGCCAGGGAGCAAGGGAAGCCUGUGCCUGAUUUCAACGUUCUGAAGUAUAAUGCAUCUCUUUUGUUGGGUAACACACACGUUGCCAUUUCAAACGCAGUACCUCUUCCACCGUGUUAUAAGCAUAUUGGAGGAUACCACAUUGAUGAGGAGGUCAAACCUUUGCCUGAGGACUUGCAAAAAAUUAUGGAUUCCGCCAAACACGGUGUUAUAUACUUCAGUAUGGGAUCAAAUCUGAAGAGUAAGGAUCUACCAGAUGAAUUAAAGCAAGGACUAUUGAAAGUUUUUGGUGCAUUAAAACAAACUGUGAUUUGGAAGUUCGAAGAAAAUCUGCCAAACACGCCGAAAAAUGUUCAAAUAGUACAGUGGGCACCACAGCAAAGUAUUUUGGCUCAUAAAAACUUAAUCCUCUUCGUGACACACGGAGGUCUCCUGUCAAUCACUGAAGCAGUCCACUUUGGUGUUCCCCUCAUCGCCAUACCAGUAUUUGCUGACCAAUACCUAAACGCCAAUAGGAUCGAAAAGAAAGGGUUCGCCAUCAAAGUAGACCUGUCACGCACAAUGGACCAGGAUCUUAAAGUCGCUUUGCACGAAGUCCUUGGGAACAAGAAAUAUGCAGAAACAGCAAAAGCACUAUCGAUAGCAUACCACGAUCGUCCCCAAAAGCCGAAAGAUGCUUUAAACUUCUGGGUGGAGCACGUGGUGCGCACGCGCGGCGCUCCUCACUUGCGCUCCGUCGCGGUCGACAUACCCCUCUACCAACGAGUGUAUCUAGAUCUCUUAGCUUUAAUCCUUCUAGCUUUAGUAGUACUAUUGGUAGUGAUCAAGAAGAUUUUGGGUCUUCUAACAUCAAAGAAGAGUGUUAAGCAAAAGAAGAAUUAGAUUAAUUGACAUUUAGUGCUGUGAGUGUAUUUGAAUUGAGAAAGAUGACAUACGGCUGAUUUCAAUAUUAUUUCUUUCUGAAAAAGUGAGACACAUUAUUUGACGAAAAAGAAGUUCCAAUAUAGGUACUAGUUUAUCGAUUUUCAAAAUAUCUUGAAGCAUAUCCCUCUUGUUAAGAGUCAAGGCCUUCUUUUGAAUACUGUUGUGUUAUCAUCUUUAACCUUAUGUCCUGAAAGAUGCCCUGUCUGACUGAUAAGGUUCAAAGUUAUCAAUAGCAGUAAAGUUUUUAAGGUGUAAAUGUUUUUCUUGUUGUCAACUGCUGGUUUGUUGUAUAAUAAUUAAUUAUAGUUCUUCCUAACUUUUGUGGUUUCGUCAAUUUGGAGUUAUUUGGCUUCCUAUGAUAAUUUUAUAAUGAUGACUAUUAAUGUGUAAAAAUCUGGUAGUGAAACUGAAACCCAAGUUUCCCGACAAACUAAAACGUAAGUUUUCUUAAAACAACUGGUGAUUAUUACUUACUUAUUUUCACAGUCAAUUUAAAGUAAAAAUAGUUCUUUAAGACAAAAAGAAAAGGACGUUUAUGCUGUCGGUUAAAAUGGGCCCUAAUGUUGAUAUUAAUUAUUAUGUUUUAUUGAACUUUGUGAAUUGUGACUGUAUUUUUCUAUUAUUGUAAAUAUAACAAUUUGUUACAAAA